AUGUUUCCCUUGAAGGAUGCCGAAAUGGGGGCCUUUACCUUCUUUGCCUCUGCUCUGCCCCAUGAUGUCUGUGGAAGCAAUGGGCUUCCUCUCACACCAAAUUCCAUCAAGAUUUUAGGGCGCUUUCAAAUCCUCAAGACCAUCACUCACCCCAGGCUGUGCCAGUAUGUGGAUAUUUCUAGGGGAAAGCACGAGAGAUUGGUGGUGGUAGCUGAACACUGUGAACGGAGUCUAGAAGACUUGCUUCGUGAAGGGAAACCCGUGAGCUAUUCAAAGGUUUUGUGCAUAGCAUUUGAGGUACUUCAGGGCUUGCAGUAUAUGAAUAAACAUGGUAUAGUACACCGGGCACUGUCUCCUCAUAAUAUCGUUUUGGAUCAAAAGGGACAUGUUAAAUUGGCUAAAUUUGGACUUUAUCACAUGACAGCAUAUGGUGACGAUGUUGAUUUCCCAAUUGGGUAUCCGUCGUACUUGGCACCUGAGGUAAUUGCGCAAGGAAUUUUCAAAACCAGUGAUCAUGUGCCAAGUGAAAAACCAUUGCCUUCUGGCCCCAAAUCAGAUGUCUGGUCUCUUGGAAUCAUUUUAUUUGAGCUCUGUGUGGGAAGAAAAUUAUUUCAGAGUUUGGAUAUUUCUGAAAGACUAAAAUUUCUGCUUACACUGGACUGUGUAGAUGACACUAUAAUAGUUCUGGCUGAGGAGCAUGGUUGUCUGGACAUUAUAAAGGAGCUUCCUGAAACUGUGCUAAAUCUUUUAAAGAAGUGCCUCACCUUCCAUCCUUCUAAGAGGCCAACCCCAGAAGAGUUAAUGCAGGACAAUGUGUUCAGUGAAGUGUUACCCUUAUACACUCCCUUUAUCAAACCUGCCAGCCUGUUUUCUUCUUCUCUGAGAUGUGCUGAUUUGACUCUGCCGGAGGAUAUCAGUCAGUUGUGUAAAGAUAUAAACAAUGACUACCUGGCAGAAAGAUCUAUUGAAGAAGUGUAUUACCUUUGGUGUUUAGCUGGAGGUGACUUGGAAAAAGAGCUUGUGAACAAGGAAAUCAUUCGAUCCAAACCACCUAUCUGCACACUCCCCAAUUUUCUCUUUGAAGAUGGUGAAAGCUUUGGACAAGGUCGAGAUAGAAGUUCACUAUUAGAUGACACCACUGUGACACUGUCAUUAUGCCAGCUAAGAAAUAGAUUAAAAGAUGUUGGUGGAGAAGCAUUUUACCCACUACUUGAAGAUGAUCAGUCUAAUUUACCUCAUUCAAACAGCAAUAAUGAGCUGUCUGCAGCUGCCACUCUCCCUUUAAUCAUCCGAGAGAGGGACACAGAGUACCAACUAAACAGAAUCGUUCUCUUUGACAGGCUGCUAAAGGCUUAUCCAUAUAAAAAAAAUCAAAUUUGGAAAGAAGCAAGAGUCGACAUCCCUCCUCUUAUGAGAGGUUUAACCUGGGCUGCUCUUCUGGGAGUUGAGGGGGCUAUUCAUGCCAAGUAUGAUGCAAUUGAUAAAGACACUCCAAUUCCUACAGAUAGACAGAUUGAAGUGGAUAUUCCUCGUUGUCAUCAGUAUGAUGAGCUGUUAUCCUCACCAGAAGGUCAUGCAAAAUUUCGGCGUGUCUUAAAAGCCUGGGUUGUAUCCCAUCCUGAUCUUGUGUAUUGGCAAGGUCUUGACUCGCUUUGUGCUCCGUUUCUAUAUUUAAAUUUCAAUAAUGAAGCUCUGGCUUAUGCCUGUAUGUCUGCUUUUAUCCCCAAAUACCUGUACAACUUCUUCUUGAAAGACAACUCACAUGUAAUACAAGAGUAUCUGACUGUGUUCUCUCAGAUGAUUGCAUUUCAUGAUCCAGAGCUAAGCAAUCAUCUCAAUGAGAUUGGAUUUAUUCCAGAUCUCUAUGCCAUCCCUUGGUUUCUCACCAUGUUUACUCAUGUAUUUCCACUGCACAAAAUUUUCCACCUCUGGGAUACCUUACUGCUUGGGAACUCCUCUUUCCCAUUCUGUAUCGGAGUAGCGAUUCUUCAGCAGCUGCGUGAGCGACUUUUGGCUAAUGGCUUUAAUGAGUGCAUCCUUCUCUUCUCUGACUUACCAGAAAUUGACAUUGAACGUUGUGUGCGAGAAUCAAUCAACCUGUUUUGUUGGACUCCUAAAAGUGCUACUUACAGGCAGCAUGCUCAACCUCCAAAGCCAACGUCUGAUAGCAGCGGAGUCAGAAGUUCAACACCUUAUUUCCCCACUGAGUGUCCAGAUCCUCCAAAAACAGACCUGUCAAGAGAAUCCAUUCCGUUAAAUGACCUAAAGUCAGAAGUAUCACCCCGGAUUUCAGCAGAGGACCUGAUUGACUUGUGUGAGCUUACAGUGACUGGCCACUUCAAAACACCCACCAAGAAAACAAAGUCCAGUAAACCAAAGCUCUUGGUAGUCGACAUCCGGAAUAGUGAAGAUUUUGUUCGGGGUCACAUUUCAGGCAGCAUCAACAUUCCAUUCAGCACUGCAUUCACUCCUGAAGGGGAGCUUACCCAGGGACCUUGCACUGCCACGCUCCAGAGCUUCAAAGGGAAAGUCAUUGUCAUCGUGGGGAAUGUAGCAAAGCACGCAGCAGAGUUUGCAGCUCAUCUUGUGAAGAUGAAAUAUCCGAGAAUCUGUAUUCUAGAUGGUGGCAUUAAUAAAAUCAAGCCCACAGGCCUCCUCACCGUUCCAUCUCCUCAAAUAUGA